UCUAUAAAAUGAUCUCAAUUCCUUCAAUUAAAAUUUCACAAAACCCCCAUUUGAGCGUCUUCGACGACAAGCAGAUCAAAACCCAGAAACCCAAUUUGAAAUCUAAAAAUUCCAUAUUUCUUCUUUUUCUCUCUGCUCUGUUUUUCUUUACAAGAGCUCUGUUUUCAUCAUCAAUUCAAUGGCGUCAAGGAAGCUUUUUUUUGUCAAGCCAAAAUACAUCUAUCCAACACCAGAACCAGAGAUGUCCGAGAACGACGAGAAUGUCUUUGAAUUCGACGAGUCUGAUAUUCAUAAUUUAGGCGAUCAUCAAUUGCCGAAUUCAUUUGACGCGAAGAGAUCGAUAUCAAUCUCGCGAUUGCGGAGGAAACCGGCGAAAACCGGAGAUUCCGCCGGUUCUGGUAGCCGGAAAACGCCAAAAACCGGUUCUCUCCCGGUUAACAUCCCCGACUGGUCGAAGAUUCUCAAGAGUGAGUAUAGGAGCCAUGUGAUACCAUACGACGACGACAGCGACGAAGAUGAUGAGGACGAUGACGACAUCAACGACGGUGACACGGCGGCGACGGGAGGAAGACGGAUGAUUCCGCCGCACGAGUAUUUAGCGCGGCGGAGAGGAUCUUCGUUCUCGGUGCACGAAGGGAUCGGUGGAACGGCCAAGGGAAGAGAUCUAAGGCGAUUGAGGAACGCGAUUUGGGAGAAGAUUGGAUUUCAGGAUUAGUAACCUAAUUAGUUAUAACUCUUUAAUCUGUUGGUAAUAUAGAUAUGUUAAUCUAUUAAUUACUUAGAUGAUUGAUUUAAGGAGGACUUCUUUUUUUCUUUUUCUUUUUUGGGUGGGGUUUAGGAUCGGUUAUAGUUUCGGUCCGAAGGAUAUUUUUUCAAUAUCCUAUUUUGCUUCUUUCUUCUUAUUUUCAUUUUGUGGAGUUUUGAUCAUCCCCUAUCCUUUUUUUUUGGGUUUGAUAUCAUGUGAUAUAAUGAAAAGUUUAUGUCUGUGCGCCUCUCUAAAUAGGGGUUAUUUCCUUA